AUGAAAUCUUCAGCACUCCGAUACGCCAACAAGAUGUUACCGAUGUUUGGAGAGAAGGCUGGGAUGCAAGGAGUGGAUAAAGAGAAAAUCUCGAAAAUCAUCGAUGAAAACACCGGCCAGAAGUUCAGCGCCUUCUCAAAGAAGAAACAGGAUCGAAUCGAUAAAAGAAACGCGGAAAUUAAACGAACCUUGGAGAGUUUGGGAGAAAAAGAUCUUCAACGUUUGGAAAAAGAGGUAGAUAAACAAGUAGCCGCUUUGGAGAAAACGCGGGAUUUAACUCGUCAUUGUGUUCACAUCGAUAUGGAUGCUUUUUUCGCGGCAGUUGAGAUGCGAGAUGAACCCCGACUCAGAACGAUCCCAAUGGGAGUCGGAAGCUAUCAAAUGCUGAGUACAUCAAAUUACAUUGCGCGAAGGUUCGGUGUUCGAGCGGCGAUGCCAGGUUUCAUUGCAAAGAAGUUGUGCCCCGAGUUGGAAAUCAUCGCUGGCAACUAUCGCAAGUAUGGAACGGAAAGCAGGAUAUUCUCAAAGAUAUUUGACGAAUACGAUCCGGAUACGAGUAUGGGGUCACUAGAUGAGGCGUAUCUUGAUAUAACCGAAUACGUUAACGAUAGGGAACAACCAAAAACCUACGCACGAAUUCGUUACUCUGGUGAAUGCUCUUGUCGUCUACCAUAUAUUGAUGUCGAGGAAUUAAAGAAAGAAUCCAAUCCAAAUAAACAAUCGCCGUCGAAAAACCAGGGUGCAGAUGAUACACUGCAGAAAAUAAUCCACUCAAAGAUGUUGUGCUCAAAAUGCUCCAAAGAAAGAUGGAUCAUCCAAGAUCAAAUAUCUUUUGGAACAACUCGCGGAGAUAUUGUUCGAGAGAUUCGCUUCCGUGUAGAGCAAGCAACUGGUUUAACUUGUAGUGCAGGUAUUGCCGCAAAUUUCAUGUUGGCUAAGAUUUCCUCGGACUUUAACAAACCGAAUGGACAAUAUGAAUUGGAGAACGAUCGCGAGAAAAUCAUCGAUUUCUUAAAGGAGCUUCCGAUAAGAAAGGUGAGCGGAAUCGGAGGGGUCAGCGAGGCGCAUUUGAAAGCGGCUGGGAUUAGUACAGUAGGUGAUAUAUGGGCACGUCGAGUGGUGCUACCUACGAUCUUCUCCGCCAUUUCAACGGAAAGCUUUUUGCGGACAUCAAUGGGAUUGCCGCAUAGACCAUCAACGUCUGAUGAUCAUCGAAGAAAGUCUAUUUCCGUCGAAACGACUUUUCAACCAACCGGCGAUGAAAAGAAAUUGCGAGAAAAGUUGCGCGAUCUGUCUGAGGAAUUGGCCGGACAACUACCGAAGGCGCACAUUCGUGGAGGUUUCAACGUUGGAAUCAAGAUUAAAUUAGCUACUUUUGAUGUGCUGACUCGAGCAAAUACUACGGACAAACUAGCUUCAAAAGGUGACGAGAUUUACAAAAUAGCCGAAACAUUGCUCGAAAGAGAACUUGGAGUGGAUAUUCGUUUGUUAGGGGUACGCCUUUCGAAGCUAGAAUUUGUGGAAAACGAAGUGAAGGAAGAUGAGAAGAAGAAAGGCUCACGGAUCGUUGAUUACAUGAAGUCGCCGAAAAAACAGUCGACCUCAAAAGAUGUAGACACAAUAUGUAUGAGCUCUGGUGAUGAAAUUGGUGAUUCGGAUGGCGAAAACGUGGCAGCCCGGUGUCCUUUAUGUGGUCAAGAAUUACCAAUCGAUGAUGAACGAGCGGUCAAUGCACACCUUGACGAAUGCCUGAACGCGGAUUUGCUGAAAACUCUGGAAAACGGGCGAUUGAGCAACAGCGCGAAAGAAACGAAGAAUAUUGCAAAAAGGAGGCAAAUCGAAAUCAAAGGCUCCGAAUACCAAGAAGCCUGUCUUUCAACCGUCUUCAAGAGCAUUGUAUUGUCGCGUAUUUCCUAUCCUAUUCUGUCAUUUUUGCGCGGGGAUCAGAUCGCCGGUGAAAUGGAACUGAAAUUUGCAGUGAAACAAGCGUAUAGACCAACACCACCAAAAAGGCCGCUACACGACGAUGAUAAGGAGAAUCGGGUGAAAUCGAGCGAUAUUGGAAAGAAUACAGCGAGGAUCCCUUUUAAGAGAUUUGUGAUCGACGAUGGUGAAUUUCGAACCGGUCAUCCUUUACGAAACGUCUGUAUAGCGAUCGAUGUUGAGAAUAAAAAAGCAUCUUCCUCUCUCCAAGCCGACAUUCAGAAACUCGGUGGCCAAGUUGUGUAUUCGAUAAACGAUGAACCGUCACCAGUCUUGCUUGUCUCCGAUCACUCACUGGCUGAGAAGCUCGAAAUGUUGCCGGAUCCUCUAAAACAGCUCAAUGAAGCGAAACUACGCUCCCUUCCGCCAAUUUUUCGCAAUGCAUGGAAAUUGAGCAUUCGUGUUCGCUCGAAAAGCUCAUUCGAGAAGAUUUUGGAUUCGAUAAAAUCUCGAACUCGGGUAGCGGUGAAGAAGAAAUUCGGUGAUGGUGGAGAACAACAAGACGCAAAAGCUGGUCCUAUUAAAAGACCGUUUGUAAAGAUCGAUUUCGAUCCGGAGCCUGAGCCAAGCACAAGUCAGCAGUCGCAGAAAAAGUUUAAAGCGAUGCACUAUCAACCAGCAUUUGAAGAAUUUGAAAAAGACGAUUUUCCGACGAUUUACCUUGGUGAGUAUACGGGCGAGUCACUUUUUGAAAAGAUGCAGCCGAUCCCUGAACAACUCAUCAAACCAUCUAUUGAGCCUGAUUUGAGUCAGAAGUUUGAAGAAUUAAACGAUUCAGCGUGCAGUAAAGCGUUUUUAACGGAUGGAUCUGAGAAAGAGGUUCAUUGUGAACUUUGUAAUGUGAAAGUUUCACCGACGAAAAAGGAACAACAUUACUCUUCUGCGACUCAUCUCACGAAGACACUUGCUCCCGCAACUUACAGUGCUUUUGAUGAGUUUCUGGGCGUACGAGAAGAUUAUGCUGGUCUAAUAAAACUGCCUCCCAGCAUCCCUCAACGAAUUUGGCCAACUACGAAAAAAAAUGAAAAUUUAUGGAAAGAUGCAAAUGAUUUCGAUGGAUGGCUUCAAAAAAUGGCCGGGAACAGCUCAACGGAGGAGGAUGACGAGCAUGGAUAUUUAGACGAUUUAAGGAUUUUUUUGAAUUCACAACAACAAGAAUUGUUUCCAAUGUCUGAUUCUGCGCACAUGCAAGGGGAUUCAUUUCUGGAGAAAUCAUACUCAAUGUCCGAUUGUGAAAUACAAGCUGAUGAUGAGAUGUUCGUUGAUCAAUUCUCGGCACAAAGUAUCUCGACCGAGAAAAAGGCAUUUGAAGAGAAAGAAUUAAAGAUACCUUUGAGCUCGGAUGAUGCCAAAUUGCAGCCAGCCAUUGACCAGGUGAUAAAGAAGACUUGGCGACAAAUCCAAGAGACAUCCAAGAACGAGCCCGAUUGCGCCCAAUUCAUAAAAACUUUAUGCUUUGUUGACGAUAUGAUGCAAAAUGUUAGUGAACUCGUCGAAAACACUAGUCCAAGAGAAACGGACGCUUGUAUAAACAUGUUAGCGAAGCAAGGAGUGCGUAGUACUCUUAAUGAGUUCACAAUGUUGGCGCAUAAUCACGUGCCAAGUCUUGUCGAUGCAAUGAACUCGAAAGAGUUUGACAAAAAGAUUCAAAUCGAUCGUCAACCAGUCGAAAACAAAUUCGGGGAACAGUUGCGAAAAACGAUGGCCGAACAAGAUCAUCCCGCUCGAACACAACCCGAUUUUGAUAUCUAUAAAGCAUUUUUUAUU